GAACAGAGGGGGGAAAAGUAUGUGAAAGGAUGUAACCUUUAUUAAAGUGCAACCCAAAAAUGAACUUAUGUUUACAUUAUUGAAAAACAAAAAAAAAAAUCUGAUCACGUCAGACCCUAAAAAACAUAAAACGUUCGUGAGAGAAAAAAAAAACAAGAACAAGAAAAAUACUAAUGACACAGACACCAUCUGCAAAGAAACGCAACAAAAAAAGAGUAAUCCAAGAAUAAGCUUAUAUCUCAGCAGCACAGAAAAUAUAUUUAGAAAGAAAGUAAAAGAGAAAGAAAGAAAAAAUAAAAAGUGGUCUUAGUGCUGCAUAUUUCUCCCGCGUGUGUUUAUGCCUGUGCCCAUCAGCUGCCCGCCAAAUAUAGUCACGACCAAGGCGAACAUACACAGUUGAACUCAUGAAUUAAGCACUAGAACAUACGGAAUGAAUUAAUUCAGAAACUCCAUAUUCAUCGAAGAAAAACAAUCAUGUGCGAGGUAGAGUCUCAAGGUCUCCCGGGGCACGGCGGGGCUCUUAGUGUCUCUUGCCCCAAGGCAGACAUCCAGGAGAACGGCACGGAGACUCUGGGGGAGCUCGAGAUCACUCCCGGAGAAAGCCCAGGUUCUCGUCGAAGCUCUAAGAGUUCGCACGAGUCCCUGGGAGUGACACCGAGGACGUCUCAGGAGCUCAUAGUGAAAGAUUCGCCGGUGGACGAAGGCGUUGACCCGUUCAGCUCGAGGUUAACGCCGGAGUCUUCCUCCCCCACGGAGCGCCGGGGUUCCAAGACGGUCAAUUUCAAGGAGAUGGAGGACGAGGAGGAGGAAGUGUCCCAGGCAGAGACAGACAGAGCUCGGAGUAGGUCAUCCUCCAUAUCGACCUCAUCCUCCGCCACUUCGUCUUCCAAAGCUCUUUCGCCAGGAACAGCGGAAGAAGGCACGGCAGGGGUGACAAGGAGGCAGAGGUCUCUUGGGGAUGCCAACCCUGUCUACCGCCUGUCCAUGAAGCUGUCGCCUAACCUCUUCAACAUGACGGAUAUCCCAGGGGCGAGCCAGCACCGAGAGCCGGAGAAGGCGGGGUACCUAACGAAGCUAAGCGGCCGCAGCUUCCCCUACAUCCCGCAGUGGAAACGCCGCUACUGUGUCCUCGCCAAAGGGAAACUCUACUACUACGAGCGCGAGGACAGCAAGGCCGGCGACAAGAGCAACGGGGUCAUUAACCUCGAGUACUUCGACCAAGUGGCCGAAGCCGGACCCAAGGACUGCAAGAAGGCGACCAAUGUCUUCAUCAUCACCUCCCAGGACAGAAGCUUCUUCGACCCCGGUCGACACCUGUUCUCGGCGGACACGCUGCCGGACAUGAAAGACUGGAUUCGGAAGCUUCAGUCAGCCUUGGACCAAAUACGAAACAACAAUCGACCUGCGACUUCGACCUCAUCCUCCGUGAAAGAAGGAGGAAAGAGAAGGAAAGAGGAUAACGCAGAAAAUAAGGAGAACGUACAAACCGCAACUAAAGAAAGAAAGAAAAAGAAAGAGGAUUCCUACCGCGCCCGUAAGUCGACGCGUGUGGGCGUGAGCUCCGAGAGCCAAACGGAGGUAGUGAUGGCAGAGAGGGACUCGGAGCCGCCCGUCACGCCUCCCCACAAGGGCGUGCAGCUGCCCGGGAUGUCGGCGCACAAGGGGAUACAGCUUCCAGGGAUGGUACCGACGGAAGCGUCUCGUCCCGCAGCUGCGUCCACGCCAACGGAAGUAGCGAAGGAGCCUGAGGACAAUGAAGACGGUUUGCCGACGGCGGGUCCCACGCUUACAUGCGUAACCAAGCAGAGGGUGAAGGGCCCUCAAGGUCGUCGCGCGCCUCAAAACCGACGCACUCUCGCCGCAGCAGCCAUGAAGAACCGGGCAAGCUCUCUCUCGGCGCUUGAGUACCAAGAGCUCAACGACAACAGUGAGGCUCCCUGGCUGAACAGAUCGCUCGACAUGCUUGAGGACGGCGAGAGAGGCGGUGACGACGCCCCCGGAGGACCCGCGCCCGCGAACGGCUCCCAGCUCGCCCUCGCCGCCGCGGCUUACGCUUACUCGAGCGAGGAGGACGCGGACGAUGACGACGGGGAGCACUCGCACGCCGAUUCCCUGCCCACCUCCGCCUCGGCCAUGCCUCCACCUCCGCCGCCAAGGUCGGCCUCCUACGGCAUGGAGCUCCGGCGGCCUCCCUACUUGGCCCAGCUGGGACACCAAGCUGCGCACGCCUCCAGGGGAGAGGGCGGAGGCUCCAUGGGGGAGCUGAGAGAGCCCAAGCGUCGCCAGGGUGACGGGCGAGGCUAUGGCGGGGGGAGGGCGGAAUGGCGUGGAUCUUCGGGCGACAACUGGGAAGGCUCCCGGCGGUCCCUGAGCCAGCCGAGGGACCCUGGCACCAGCGCGUCGCCCGUCAUGGAUGACCUAGACAACAUGCUGAUGAACGAGAGCAUUCACCAGACCAGCGGUAUCAUGGACUCGGCUAGCGACGCAGGCAGUGACGGAAGCACCUGCCGCGCCUCGGACAGACCUCGGAAUGCGCACCACCAGCACCAGCCAGCUCAUCACUACGAGCAGCCGCGGAAGAAGACCCCGGAUCUGAGCCGCUUCACGACGGCCGUGCGCCACCUGCAGCGACACGUCGUCGAGAUCGACCGCGCGGUCUUCGGCAUCACCGGCGACGUGACGGGCACCAGGCAGGAAGUCACCUCCCUCAAGGAAGCGGUUCUAGCCCUGCAAGCCGACACUGACACAAUCACCUCCACCCUCGCACAUCUUACAGAAGAAGCUAUCGCGGCUCAGCAGAAGAUUAGCUUAGCCAAGCAGACCCGCGUCGACUUUCAAACAGCAAUGAAAGAGGCAGAGGGUAUACAGCGGUCGGUAAAAGUUGCCUUAGCAGAGGCAGAGCAGGCAAAGCGGGAUCAGCAGAGAACGCGACAAGAGUACGAAGAGCUGCUCUUAGAGAUGAGAAAUAUGGUCAGAGAGAUGAAGGAAACGCGAGACGUCGCUUCAGGUUCACUGCCAAGCAAAAGCACCUACAGCAGUGGCGGUAAAUUCAGUCUACAUGGAUCCAGCGUAAAGGAGAGCCAGAGCAACAAAGACCAAAAUAUUCAUAAAAUCCAACACAGUAGUAGUUUAGGUAAACUUCCCCAAUGCAGUCUCAAAUUCUCUAGUAGUAUUAGUAAAGAGCAGCAAACUGGCGACAAGGAACGCACUAUAUGGAGUAAACCUUACCAACCUAUAGUAAAAGAACAUCGACAUGAGAGCAAACAGGCAGAGACUAGAAAUUUAACUACUACCCAGAAGAGCAGCACUGACGAACAUUCUACUAAAACCAGUGGAGGACACGGUACCUCCUCGAGUGCUUCUUCUGGAUCCAGUAAUACCAAAGUUCCCGAAAGUAGUACCGUCAGUACCUGCACCACAUCAGCGCCAAGUCAAACGUCUUCCCAGGCGACGAGCACAACCAAGACCCCGCCUUAUCAGUCUCUCUUCAGCAGGCCUUCCAGUUUGCUCUCCAGCCUCACAAACCGGUCAUCCCUAACAAAAUCAGUGUCUUUUGCUGAUCAGAAAGAUAAAGAAACAGCUGACAGCGGUAAAGGCCAAAGCACUGCUGAACGCAAGAAAAAGGAAGACAAACACCACUCUUCUGAUAAAAAAAACAAGGAUGACUCCAAGCACCACAAGGAUGACAAGAAACACACAGGAGACAGUGGUAGUAAGGAAAGAAGGAGUAAAGACAGAAAGGACCAUAGUAGCAUAGACCGGAAGGAAAGGAAGGAAAAGAAGGACAGGCAUGAGAGUAAAGAAAAGAAAAGCAACCUCAAAGAACAAAGUGAUUCUGGUAACAUUAUUUCAAACAUAUCCCUAGAGGACAUUCCCAUGGCCGACGAGCACAGUCAGGAUUUACUUGACAACAAGUCUUCAGCGCUUCAUAUAUGCUCGUCUUCCAUCUCACUCGUGCCUCCAGCUAACUACAGUUUAGGCAAGUCGUCGUCAACGCCAGUGGUCACGUACACUAACCCGGGCAACAGACCUCGAGCGCUACCCCUCAAUCGUGAGCAUCAACGAGGCGAUUUCUCCAACUCCAUGACGGAAUCGCCCGAGUCACCGUUAGCGCCUAGUCCUUUCCCCCGGUCAGCCUCGGCUCUCCCGCCGCUCGAUGAGUCCAACUCGUUCUCUGAAACGUCAUCUCUGACAUCCUUCCAUCGUCCUGGAUCGACCCCAGGUCCUUUAGCACGACAAGGAUCCAUGACGACUGUGCCUGAGGACCGUGCUGUAGUGGGCCCUCCGCUAACGAAGAAACCAGGGAAGUUUGCCAUCAGCCGCCAAAACUCCUCGCCGAAUAUUCCACUCCAACGACAAAAUUCUGCUCCAGCCUUCCCUCUGCAAAGGCAACACUCCCUAGGCGUCGUGCCGGAGAACGGCCGCCUACCUCGUCAGGAAUCACUGAUGUCCGUUCCUGAAGAGCGUCCCAUCACGGAUCAGACGCUACCGCUGUCUCCAACACCGUCCAUGACAUAUUUUCCCAUAUCGCCGUGCGCUUCCCUGUCCGCUAUCGCCGAACCACGACCGGUGUCACGAACCUCGAUGGAGCUCGUGACCGGCCCUGUUUUGGCCGGAUCGUCGCUUCAGGAAGCCUCUGCCACUGGAACCCUUCCCGUUCUCAUGCCCCUCGAGGAGGAAGAGGAGCCCUCAAAAACCUCAACUCUUAAGAAAGACUUCAAGUCCCAUAAAGACGUACUCGGCAUUCUUGUGUAGUGUAUGCACGGACACUUCAUUCUCAACUCUUCGAUUGUAUAACUUUGGGUUUAAUUGAUUUCAAAUGGAUUGGUCAUGUGCCCUACAGAUUUAGUGAUUAGUUUCUUUUACAGAGCUAAAUUUCGAAAUUUAAUGUAUUUACUGACAUCCCAUGUUUUUAACACGCAAUGCACAAUCAGUAAUCUUUUCCUAACAUAAUUCCAGGUAAUAUAGUUGUGAAUAUGUUCCUGUAUAGUAUAUAACUGUAAUCUGUUGUCUACAGUAUUCCAUAUUACCCUACAUAUUCUAAGGAAAUGAAUAAUCGAUGUAUCAAGUCAAGUUGUCUAUUGUAUUAUAUUCCUAUAAUAGUCGUGAGUAGCACUUGACUUGACCGUGAAUUUUCCAUAUGGGUGAAAAAAAAGACUAAAACGGCAUAUUUCACCGUCUAGUCAGAUAUUAGCCAGCUCAUGUUUUUUUCGAGUUUUAAUACUUUUUCAUGCAUGUUUUUUUUGUCUUUUUUUUUUGUCUAUGAAAACGAUAUCAUAGGAUAAUAUUUAUGUGAACGAUCCAAUAAACCUAAUAAAACC